AUGGAAGUAUUAUAUAUAGUAAUGAUGUGUCGUCGGUGGUCGGUAUCGGUGUGGCAGGUGAUAGCGAAGCUGGUGAAGCUGGGCUACGCGGCGGAGGACAUCGUGAGCAACGUGUUCCGCGUGGGCAAGGCGCUGGAGGCCGACGAGGCGCUGCGCCUGGCGCUGCUGCGCGAGGCGGGCCGCGCGCACCUGCGCGUGGCGGCCGGCCUGGCCUCGCCGCUGCAGCUGGCCGCGCUGCUAGCGCGCGCCUGCCGCGCCGCCGCCCACGCCCACGCCCACGACGACGACGACUGG